AUGGCUCUUAUCAAAUUUUAUCUAUGAUAUGAUCUAUGGUAGAGUCUUGUUAUCAUGUUACCUGAUUGUAGACGGAUCAAUGCUACAGACAAGACGACAUGAGACAGAUUUCUGCGCGCUGAAAAUACGCAACCUAGCGACAAUUUUACGAACCAUAGUCAGCUAGUAAUUUUGAAAGCACGUGGCUUUAUUGAAUUAUUUUGACGAUUUGAUUAAGUUGUUAAAGAUUCGGGAAAGUCAAGUUUUUGUUGUUUAUUAAAAAUGAGUGCUAAAACUAUUUGUAAUACUCCUUUUUUGUCUAUGAAAAAAAGAAAUGAUUAUUGCUGUGUACCACAAUGCACAUCUUGGUCAAAGAAAAACCCGGAUUUAAGUUUUUUUAUAUUUCCCCGUGCAAAUGAAAGGAAAGUACUUAUUCAUACACAGCAACGUUCGGAACUGAUGGACCGCAGAAAGGCUUGGAUUGUCAAAUUAAGAAUACUGAAGCCCGUUUCGAAAUAUAUGAAAGUAUGCUCCUUGCAUUUUACUGAUAGGGACUAUUUCCCAAGAGGUGUUACUUCUGACCAUCGUAGAAUAUUAAAGAGAUCAGCAGUUCCAUCCCAGAAACUUCCACGAACCCCAACUGUAUCAGCAUCCAAAUCAACAUCUGAGCCUUCGUCAAGUGGAAAAUAUCAAGAAGAAAUAGGGCUAUCGGAAUAUAGAAAUUAUCUUUCUACUGUACUAACAGAUGAUGAACUGAUAGCUUUAGAAGGCUUACUUCUGCUAUCUGGUGGCUCCGAAAUUUAUCCCAGUGGUUUGGAAUGAGAUAAGUCCAAUUAUUCUGAAAUGUGGCAAUCAAAAUUGAAAUUGCAAUGAUAGCCAACAUUUACAAUGGACAAGGAACAUGAAAAAGUUGGUAAUGGUCAGACAUAACAAAGGAAAGGAUUAAUAAUUUUCGAAUUAUUACAUAUGAGGAAAACUUGGAUGGAUACUUGUUUUCAAUCUGAAAGGAAUCAUCACCAUAGUUUGUGGAAACAUCAAUUUAUCAUCCCCAUGUUAUCUGCUGACAAUUUUUAACCUUUUAUUAUAUAAAAAUAAUAAUUGUGUUUAGAAGACAUUUUAACAAAUAAAUAAUUUAUCAAUUGAUUGUGUAUUUUUUUAAUUUAAAUCACCCAUUUUUGU